UUCACAAAUGGCGCCCAAGAAAGCAGCUCCUGCGCCCGUGGAGCCCGUGAAGAGCACUGGGAAGUUCUACUAUCCUGGCGGCGGGACUUAUGAAGGAGAUUGGAUCUUGCAGCCGCCGCUGCCUCCAGUGCCUGGCGCGCCGCCCCCGGCCGAUCCAGCCGCCGCAGAUAAACCCAAGCGACUUCGCGAUGGGAAAGGCCACUACAUCGAUGGCAAUUACUCCUACGAGGGAGAAUGGAAGAACGAUUUGAUGCACGGCCCAGGAUCAUUCAAGUAUGCUAGCGGUGCCUCGUACGAAGGGACCUGGGAGAAUGGCAAGUAUCACGGCAAUGGAACUUUCAAGUGGCCAGAUGGAAGAUCCUACGCUGGUGAAUGGCGAGAAAACCGGAUGCACGGGAUCGGAUCUUACGUUGACAACGAAGGCCACACUUGGACUGGCCAGUUUUUCAAUGGAGCUGGACCGGGGCUCAAUUGCGAGCUCACUUGAUCGUCAUGUUGGCUGCUCUUCCUGUCAAUUGAGAUUCGUUUUACAAUCGUGA